AUGCCACCUACUCUUCAUGGAGAAUAUCUACGAUAUACUGAUUUUCCUCGGUGGAUUUUUGUUGAUGAAUUGAAACUAAGCUCUUCAUCUUUGACAAAGCUUUCUCAAUCUUCUAUUACUCCACUGAUAAUUGUUGCAUCGACCUCAUCUAGUGGCCAUCUUGGCCCAAUAGGUUUAGGUUCUUCACUAGUAGAUUCUAGUUCCCACAUUCCUUCUUUUAGUUCAACAUCUUCUCCCCAAGUUGGUUAUCUCAAAAUUGUUCUUCCCUUUUCUUUAUCUUUGCCAAAUUGUCACAUCACAAAUACCAGUGUUUCCACUCAUCCAAUGACAAACCGCAGCAAAUCUCGCCGAUCCCCUUACCCAAUUUGCUCUUUGGCUUCUUUAGCUUUGUCUUCUUCACCUUCACAUCUUCUUACUGUCAUUGAAAUAAUGCUGAGCCAAUAA